UAUGUCCCGCGGUAAACGUUAUCGCAAUUCUGAUGCGUUUCUUGUUACGGCCAAUCAGACAUAGCGGAGCUCGCUACUCGAUGCACUUGGCUCGGGCGUUCUCGGCAUAGUUCGGCCGAGUCAGCGGCAGUAGAGCCAGUAGCCGAGCUCGCGCGGCACGGAGGGUUACUCGCCUUCCCGCCAGUCCGCCGUCUCGCCUGACAGCCGGCUGCUCGCGUCGGCAGCGCUCGCCGUCACAUCGUAAACAAUAAAAAAACUUAACAUUGUCAAUGAAAACCUUAAUGAAUCCCAUCGAUUAAAACUUAACUUACUACUCGAUUAUAAUAACUGCAAAUACCAGUAAAUCUAGACGGCCGGCCGCAGUGACUUUGGAAAUGUAAUGUCAAGUGUUUUGGUGAUCGAAGUGAAAGGAGUUCUUUCGUAUAAUUGUGAUACUGAAGUGCUGUGUAACUGUGCCGAGCUCGGCCAAUGAUUAACCAUAAGUAGAACAGACUUGGAAGCAUGCUCGAUGAUGUACCGGCACGAUAGAAACUCGAUGAAUGUAAUUGAAUGCUGUUUAUCAAUCGAAGUACAUUGCUGCAUUUAAUAGUCUACGGUUGAUGUUCGUAUGAAUUGAAGCAAUGCCGGCGCUCCGGCUACUGGGGCGCAAAUGGCUAGCCGCCUCGGACGAUCUCGUGUUUCCGAGCAUCUUCGAGCUACUGUGCCGUUUUGUAUGGCUGGUGCUAAUAGCUCUGGUGGUAGAAGUGAUAUUCCCGGUGACAUGGCGAUGCCAGUCGGAGGGCUGGCACGGUGGCGCAUUCGUGCGGUUGUACCUGUGCGGCGCGCUGGUGCUGCAAGCGGUGCUGAUGCUGCUGCUAGCGGCGCUGGCGCACCAGUCCGCUAGGGGCACCAUCACGGAGGUCGACGCCAGGAAGAUGGUGUCUCCGCUCUUGUUGAUGAAAGUGCUGCUGGUGUUGCCGGAGAUAGCCUUGAACGUGAUGGGCACCAUGUGGAUGUUCUGCGACGUCAUAGAGUGCUCCGUCUCCGACAAGUUCUCCAGCGUAGUUAUUCAGAGCAUAGUCCUGUUCAACUGGGUGCAACUCGCGCUGACGGUGUUCGGUCUGUUCAUGGUGUUCGACCCGCUGGGCUCAGUGAACUACGGGGACAUGGUGGACACGCCCAACCAGGUGCGGCACCACCGCAAGGUCACCGGCCUGUGGUCGAGGCGUUUCCGGUGGGCCUUCUGCUGGCUGAAGCGGGAUGAACACGGGAAGGAAGCCUUUCAGCAGGUCGCAGCUCUCCUCAGCGCCCUAUUCAGAUCAACAGACCUAGUCCCGUCCGACGUCGUGGCGGGCUGUGUCCUGCUCAGAGUCCGUCAGAAGCGAGAAACACGGGAGAUGCGACGCAUUCAAAUGCUCAACGACGAAGAACCCAUAUACACCACAGAUGUCAACAAAAUCUUCUCCGAGACCCCGCCCUGGAUGAACCUCAAAGAUGCUUUGCAUUACCUCAGACUGUCCAUAGCGGCGUAUGGGUGGCCCUACGUGUUGUAUCGACACUGCUUCACUGGGUUCUGCAAGUUGGCCAGGCAUUUGACGUGUUGCUGCUGUCGCCCCAAGAACUCGAUCGUGACGGACGACAACUGCUGCAUGUGUCACUUCGCCGGCGUUAAGUACAUGUCCAAACUGGAGGCGGAUGACAUCAUCUUCGCCUCUUUCAACAAUCACGUCUUUGAGCUCCCGUUCUGCGUCAUAGCUGACCACGAGCGAGAAAGUGUGGUGGUGGCUGUGCGAGGCUCCAUCUCCCUGCGGGACAUCUUCACAGACUUCACCGCCGGCUCCGAGCGGUUUGAGGCCGAUGGCUUGCCUGAAGGCACGGCAGCGCACAAGGGCAUGUCGAUGGGAGCCGCCAAGAUGCUGAAGCGGCUGAUGCCGGUGCUCGACCGCGCCUUCCAGCAGUACCCGCAUUACGACCUAGUGCUCACAGGUCAUAGUCUGGGCGCCGGAGUAGCAGUAUUAGUAGCGUUAAAGCUAAGGCCCAGGUAUCCACACCUCAAAGUAUUCGCGUUCUCGACGCCUGCGGGUCUAAUAAGCCGCGAAGCCGCCCGCUACACGGAGAGCUUCGUGCUGACGGUGGGCGUGGGCGACGACCUGGUGAUGCGGCUCAGCGUGCACAGCAUCGAGAACCUGCGCACCAAGGUCAUACAGACUAUACACGCCACCAAGCUGCCCAAGUACCGAAUAAUGCUAAACGGCUUCGGCUACGCGUUAUUCGGCGUGCCCGCCAGAGACCUGGAGUCCACCUGGCGGCGACCGGAAGACCUGGAGGCGAACCACUCGGACGACUCCGCGGACGCCCUGCUCGUGCCGGGCGUCUCCACCGUGAGUGCUGAAGCGGCGCUAGUGUCGCGCAACGUGUUCGUGCGCCGGUUCUCCACGGCGCGGCUGUUCACGGCGGGACGCAUCCUGCACAUCGUGCGGCGCAAGCGCAUGGGCAUUGAGAACAAUGACGAUGAGGAUGAAAAUGAAAGGAAAGUGCGCACCCAAGAGCCAACGUACGAGAUGCGAUGGGCGUGCCCCGAGGACUUCAUGGAGCUACAGGUGAUGCCGCGGAUGCUGCUGGACCACCUGCCGGAGAACGUGCACCGCACCAUACAGACCGUGCUGGACGAGCGACACACGUACCGCGUCACGCAACACCUCUAGAUGGCGCUGUUGUCAAUUGUUGAUUUUAAAUCUCAACGGAAAGCAGGGCGGUGUAAUGCUUUGCAUUUACAACGGUAGGAUGCCACGAGGCAGUACACUGUCUUGUGUUGCUGUAAUGGUGUUUAUCUGUUUUGCUGUGGAUAAGACGAAUGUCAUGUUUUGGGAGAGUUAGUGCGAUAGACGCAUGUGUUUAUUGUGCUAUCCACAGCGGAUAAACCCCGUCAAGAAUAGGGGUAGAGUGCCCUAAGGGCAACUUAUGCCACAAGGCAGAAUGCUCCCUUGAUAUUAUACUAUGUGUCAAAUCAGAAAAAUGUAACGAGUCUUAUGCAUAAGCCAAGUUAUCGAACAAUUUACUUGCCUAGCCACGCGUUUUUAUUAAGUACACGAAAUGGAAAACUUGAGCACUAGUAGACAACUAAAAUCUCAUUUUGAUAUUAUAUUCAAUAAGAUUAAUUAUUAAUAAUCAAAAUCAUGAUAUAUUAACACGGAAUACUUGAAUCUCUUUAUAAUUGUACAUCUCGUAAGCUCCGCUUCAGAGCCGACUCAUGACACGAUGAAUGCAUUUCGUUCCUAAACUAGAGAAGUACAUGACUCAGAUAUGAACAAUUUCUACGAGACUUUUGUAUAUAUAUUUUCAGAAUUUAUAUUGACAUACCAGUGUCAAGACGUUUUGUAAUUAAAAGAGUUAGUUUAAGUAAUGUGAGAAGACUGUGAUGAUGUUAGAAUGAAAAUAUUGUUAAAGUGUAGAUAAGUGAAAUGUUACUAGGAGCAUGGAUCGUGUGCAUAUGGUGAGGGUUGGGGCGCGCCCAGGGCGCGUCCCUCAUUUAGGUGCAUUACAUAUCAACGUUCAAAACGUUCCCAUUUCACCGGUCGUUGGUCAUCAAUUUUCGGCAUUUUUUUAUCAUUAACCAAAGACAGAAACAGAGUUUGAACCUAGUUUAAUGUACUCCACUUUAGUUGUUACUCAUUAUUUUGCUCAAAUUAAUAAGCAAUUUGUUUGUCAACGUUCCGUGUCAUUACUCUAAAAGUCUUUGCUUCAAUUCGAAUACACUAUAACAUUAAGUAAGACUUGCAAAGCUACCACUAAGUACAAUAACUAGAUGAUAGAUAGAGCGUUACCGGAGUCAAUUAAUAUUAUAGAAUACAACAUAUUGCUAUGUAGUAGCAUAAUAAGUACAUAGUGCUGACAGUUCAAAAUAUUUUAUUGCCACUCAAUUUAUUCAUCGUUUUUAAUUCAAGUGGAAAAAUAAAUACUAUGUAGCCAUUUUGGUCUAACGGGAUUUGCUAGCUCCGACAAAAUUGUAAGUCGCGACUUAGUCUCGCUAGAGCCAAAUAGGCUACGUAGUAUAAUUAACUUUGUUCAAAAUAUAAAUGACAUUCAAUUAGAUCACUAAAUUCAUUAGAGUAAUAAUUGUGCACGUGGCCAAAUCAGUGUUUCCAAGUAAACUCACCGUAAAUAUUGUACAACAUCCUUACAACCAUUCUAUUAGCAUUUCUACAGAAUAAUUUCAACUUCGGGAACAAGAUCUUGAUAUGAAUAAAUUUACCUACCUAACAUAGAGUUUUUAAGCGUUUUUACAUGUACAUAAAAUAGCAUUUAUUUAAAAUUAUAAUACAUUCCAAUUUGUAUUGAAGUUAGCCCUCAGUCCCUUGCCAUUACGUGUCAGGUAUGAUUGAAUACAAAUUGACACGAGAUGCUUCCCCAUCCUUUAACCUUUACCCCUUCUAUACCGAUAUUAAUACCUGCUAGCCGGGCUAGCACGUGAUUAGCGCGACAGUAUCUCGCGGCGAGAUAGACUACCCGUCCCUCUUUAAUUAACAUAGUUAGAAAAAGACGGGUAGGUAGUCUAUCUCGCUGCGAGAUACUGUCGCGCCAAUCAUACUUAGGGCAUACUGAAAAUUCCUUGACUGGCCACUUAUAAAAAAUAAAUCUUCUCAUAUAUCAGAAACCAGAAACUUUCAGUAUGGCCCACGUAUAUAGGCCUACAGUCUUGGUAAAGGACCGUAGCCCUAUCAUCAUAAUAAACAGUCCGUGUCAAUCUGACUUAGGCCUCUUCUAGGGCACGCCACUGAGUAAAAUUUUCAUCUCUCCUCCAAUGUCCUCUGCCUUACGAAUAUCACUUGUCCACCAGUAAGCUCAGCACAGGAGCGGCUUGAUAGUAUCUCGCCUGCGAGAUAAACUAUCCAUUUGUUGUUUUUGUUUUUUCUAUGUAUUAAUUAGAUAGGAACGGUAGUCUAUCUCGCGGGCAAGAUACUGUCGUGACGCUCCUGUGUUAGGCCUACAGCGCCACACAAAGUCAAACAAAGAUGGAAUUGUACUAUACCUAAAUGUGGCAGCUCCAUUUAUAAAAUGGCGCUCAGUUCUCAACAUACACAAGCGUAUGACGACGCGUUUUUAGUUUAGCUGUUAUACCAAGGCAGUAAUUUUAACGCAAAUUACUUAACCAAAAAAAAAUCUAGGACCAGAAUUUCCUUGCCAGCUCCCGAGCAAUUUUAUAUAAUUGUAUAAUCACAGAAUAUAUUAUGAUGACAUUUUGACAGUAUGAGAGUUUUUGCCAUUCUUCAAUGUAUAAUGUAAAUAGUAUUAAAUCAAUUCAUGAACAACGCCUAAAUUUACAAUUACUCUACUUAUCAACUUGGUUUUUAAUGUACUUUUGUCAUUAUUUUUACGGGGAUUUAUGUAUUAUUUUUUGUAUACCUAGUUAUAUUGCCAGACGUUGAGUAUCACGCAGGAGUAAAGAAGCGAAACUAGUGUUAGCUUUACAUACAAGGGUUGUGAGUGUACACCACUAUACUAUAAUUACUAUAGUGCGUGGCAUUAUUAUUGUUAUUAGGGUUUAAAGACCUUUGAGUCUCACAUCGAUCAAGCGGUGAUCUAUUGUGUCGGUCCUUUAAAGUUCAUUGCUAAUGCCCGUCAAAUCCAGAAAAUUGCGUGGUUUUAAGUGGUGUUGUCCUGUCAAGAUAGGUAUUAAAUAUCUUCACGGACAAAGUACCAAAAAUGUGUAUACACGACCAUAUAAAUUAAGGAAGGGUGUACAUAUAUGAGCGCUAUUAUUUAAUACCUUCACUGUCAGCAUUGAAAUAUUUAUAUUUCACGACACCAUACACGAGCUACAGCAACUAUCAAGAGCCGUUAGAGCGUCCGCUAAAUUUAAUUGUAUGGGACGUAUUACAGUUCUCCGUUGAGCGACGUUGGUCAGUCUGAUGUUAAGUGUGGUUGGUGCAACUGACGAACGGCCUGGCCACGACAUCCCGCGACGGUGUUAGCGGCAGACGGCAACCAUAGGUUAGAGCGAGAUACAGCGAUCAGACCUUUUGCUCUCACCUAUAGUUGCCGCCGGCACCGCCGCCGCCGGUCUGCAAGGUCGUGGCCGGGCCGUAAGUCACGGCAACCAUAGGUUAGAGCGAGAUACAGCGAUCAGACCUUUUGUUCUCACCUAUAGUUGCCGCCGGCACCGCCGCCGCCGGUCUGCAAGGUCGUGGCCGGGCCGUAAGUCUCAAUAUUAGUACCUAUUGUGCGUUUCAUCUUGCCGCUCGUGAUGUUAACUCCGUCGCGUUUCUUUACUCCUAAGGACUGUAUCGUUUAUUAUAAAUACAACUUUACUUAGCCGUUUUUUCUGGUAUUAUAUUUUUAUUAAAAAAAUACACAUAUAGUUUAAUUGGUGCUUUAAUAAUAAGUAACAUUUCGUCCUGGGAGAUCACGUAAAGCAUAUGGUUUGGACAAUAUUUACCCAAUCCUCCCGAGUAACUAUAACGAUUUUGGACAAAUACUACAAGAAAAUUUACGGUUUGCGAACAAGACGAGAUAUUACACAAAAAAAACGUACUAUGUAAACAGCAAUUACAUAUGAUUCGUAAAGCGAAACAUCUGGGCAUAGUCUAAUCAUUUCUUUUAGUUGGAAAAAAAGUUUUGGAUCUGUGCUUGGUGGCCUUUUAGAGAAUAUGGCAUGUUACUUACGACAACCCCGACUUUGGUAUACAAUAUAACCAUCAUGGAGCGUUUCUAUCGACCUGUUCUAGCCAUGGUUCAACGCCAUGAAUGUCCGUUAGGCUUUGGAUUUCGGUAGAUUCUUUUAGCUGUUUCCCUUAUUUCGCUAGCGUCAGAAAUUGACGGGAAUCCAAAAUGUUGCAUAAAAAGUCGUUUUCAUGUAAAGAUAAAAAAUCACCACAUUUAUUCUGUGGAUGUUCAAUUGAGCAAUCAUGAAAAGGACACUUAGAUGGCAUAUUUUGGCAGCAUAUUAACCUUUUGUUUCUUUAAAUCGUACCAGGGAAACGGUGAAAUAGUCUCAAAUUAAGCUCGAUAGGCUUGUCCAAAUUACAUUUGCUAGACGGUAUUAAAAUCAGCAUAAAGUCCCUAAAGUAAAAUAAAUGUAAAACCUUCUUAUAUCAGAUAUGGCUUAAAAAUACGCCCACAUUAUACCUUAAGAACAUAGUAAUACAAAAUAAUACACACGUCAACAGUUAGACCAGGUUUAAUCUGUAUUUAUAAUAAACGAUACAGUCCUUACUGUCGGUUGGUUGUUUCUUUUUUUUACACAGGUACUGGUCGUUGUUGAAGUAUUCGAAGGACUGAGGUUCUUUUCUUUUGUACCCUAAAUUAGGGCUCUAUCUAUAAUCUCUCACUUAAUAGCUCUAGGAUAGCCAAUGUCUUGUGUUGGGUUUGUGUUAAUUUAUAUUAAAAUAUAUUUUAAGUAAA